AUGGAGAUGGUUACAAGAAAUCUGAGUGUGGAGACAACCUUUGACCUCUUGGGGUUCACAGAUUACCCAGAGCUUCAGAUCCCUCUCUUCCUCGUGUUUCUGAUCAUGUACAUUAUCACCGUGGUGGGAAACCUGGGGAUGAUAGUAAUCAUCAAGGUCAAUCCGAAAUUUCACACUCCCAUGUACUUUUUUCUAAGUCACCUCUCUUUGGUUGAUUUUUGCUACUCUUCCAUCGUCACUCCCAAGCUGCUUGAGAACUUGGUCAUGGCAGACAAGAGCAUCUUCUACUUCAGCUGCAUGUUGCAGUACUUCCUGUCCUGCACCGCCGUGGUCACAGAGUCCUUCCUGCUGGCAGCGAUGGCCUAUGACCGCUUCGUGGCCAUCUGUAACCCUCUGCUUUAUACAGUGGUCAUGUCACAGAGGCUCUGUGCCCUGCUGGUGGCUGGGUCCUACCUCUGGGGUAUGUUUGGCCCUUUGGUGCUCCUCUGCUAUGCUCUCCAUUUAAAGUUUUCAGGACAUAAUGUCAUCAACCACUUUUUCUGUGAAUAUACCGCUCUCAUCGCUGUCUCCAGCUCUGAUAUACGCAUCCCACACCUGCUGCUUUUUGGCUUUGCCACCUUCAAUGAGGUGAGUACACUACUGAUCAUCCUUACUUCCUACGUUUUUAUUUUUGUGACCGUACUGAAAAUCCGUUCUGCUAGCGGGCGCCGCAAAGCCUUCUCCACCUGUGCCUCCCACCUGACGGCCAUCACCAUCUUCCACGGGACCAUCCUCUCCCUCUACUGUGUGCCCAACUCCAAGAACUCUCGGCAAACAGUCAAAGUGGCCUCUGUGUUUUACACAGUUGUCAACCCCAUGCUGAACCCUCUGAUCUACAGCCUGAGGAAUAAAGAUGUGAAGGAUGCCUUCCGGAAAUUAAUAGACACAAAAGUCUCAUUUUACUGA